AUGGACGCAGCCGAGCGCCACAGAGCAGCGGAUCAAGGACCAGAAGGCAGAGAACUGCAGGGCGAGCAAAAGAGGCCAGCAGUGAGAGGCGGAAUGGCUCCGAUUAUCGAACAAGGCACGGCUGCGGGUAUCCCCUCGCGCGCGUGUCAAGAAUUCGAUGCGCCCACGAUGAGCUCCGCGAAUGCUGCCAACGGUGGAAUGCUCCCCGUGGCAGGGGACGGCUCUACGUACGUGGAACCAAACCUGCUCGGUUACUUUGACCCUGGGUUUGAUGCGUACGUAGGGUACGACGGCGCGGACAGCUACAACGAGGCGGGCGUCCUGGCGGGAGGACAGUUGUUUUCCGACCAGUUGGAAGACUUGGGGUUUGGGGUGGGAUAA